UCCUCUUAUUCCUCGCAACACAACGCACAUCACUCCCUCUCUCUCACUCCACUUACGUACGUACGUAGAUUUAGCCUUUAGGUUUCUCUCAGUUCUCCCGCGCGCGAGAGAUCGAGGUCGAGAUUGCCGACAAGUUCCUGCAGCACCAGAGAAUGGAGUUCGAUCGCGUUCGUCGCAACGUAGGGUUCCGGUUCCUCCCCACCGACGACGAACUCGUCGUCGAUUACCUGCUGAGUAAGCUUAUCGGGUUACCGCUCCCCUCCGAUGACUACGUCAAGGACUGCAACCUUUACGGCGAUCUGGAGCCUUGGGACAUCUGGAACCACUUUCAAGGCGCCGCCCACGAAGAAGAAGACGAAGAAGAUGCUGACGGCGGCGACGAGAAGAAGAACGAUCUCUACUUCUUCACGCCGCUCAAGAAGCGAACCGCAACCGGGCAAAGAAUCGACCGUAGCGUCGGGUCCAACGGCGGGGCUUGGCACGGGGAAGACUCCGGCAAGGAGUCGCAGACCCUCGACGGCGCCGUUUCCUGGAUUCAAAAGCGGUUUACCUACCGUGCCAAGAAGAGCAAGGACGACAAAGGGACGCAGAGUAGUUGUUGUUCGUGGAUCAUGCACGAGUACUGCCUUGUGCCGAUCCCCGCGCUAGGGCUUGACUAUGCCGCUGCGUCCAAGCUCGCAGUCUGCCGACUCAGAAAGAAGGAGAGCUCCAAGAAGAGGAAGAACAACAACAACAACAAGUCUGCCCCCAGAGUCAUUCUCAUCCACGAUGCCGCCGACAACGACGUGGCUCCAGCUGCGAGUGAUGAUCAAGGAUCCACCACCACUUACAAGCGGCGGAAGCUCCACGGUGGCGAUGACCAACAAGUAGUAGUUGUAUCUUCCUCCGUGGAUGUAGAGAUGGAACGUCCGUGCUUGUUGUCGGAAGUAUUACAAGGCUCGGCCAGCGGCGGUGGCCACGAAGAUGAACUAGUAUCUCCGCCGUUCCAAGCGGAGCCGGAAGGAUGCUCGUCGGCAGUAUUAAAAGAAGAGGAAGAAGAGCUGGACUCGUUGUUCGACAAGGAGAUUGAAGAAUGCUUGGCAGACGUCAAAGAGGACAACGGGAUUGACGGCAACGGCAACCAAGAAGUAGUAUCACCGUCGUUCUUCCAAGCGGGGAGUAAUGAAGGAGAAGGAGCAAUGACGCAGCAGCAGUCGGUGGAGAUGGAGUUAUUAGUAACGGCAGAGGAGGCAGCUUGGUGGUCGGCCGUCUCAGCCUCAGCGGAGGGAACAUGCAACGUCAACGACGCCUUUGGUUUCAACGUCGACUGUGGUUACACUGUUGAAGGUCUACUGGCAGAAUGUUGCUGCUGAACAAAUAAUUAUAUGGAUAUGUAUAUGUCGUAAUCAUAGUGAUUAAUUAGUAGCUCAAAUUCAUUAAUUAUUAACUUUUUCUUCUUCUUCUUCUUCUUAAGCAUGAACUCCAUCUGUAUACUUUUGUUAGUUUGUACGUACAUGACAUUGGAGGCAGCUACCCUUUUACUGCCCACUUAUAAUGGAGUUACUUCCCUUUCCUGUUUCGACCUAUUUCCUUUUCUGCCUCGUCGUCCCAACUUGCCAUUUAAAUCCCAAUGGCGUCAUGAUUGGAACUGAAGAUGGAAUCAAAUAAAUUUGACAACCAGAACAACCUGCAAGGCUGCAACUACAGCAGCAUUGCUUCUUACUCACGAAUCCAUGUGUUCUGUUGGAAUCUGGAAGGAAUUCACUCUCUUGUUGCCAGAUAUGUGUUAGUAGUUCAGUCCAUUUCUGCCCAAUGCUCGAUUCAAUCCCGCCAAAAGGACUAUUACCAGCAUGUGCAUCAUUAUACAAGAUUUCCAAUGACUAUUCUCAUUUCGAAAACCCUCCGUUGUUAUUCCUACACCAAUUCCCUCACCAAUGAAAAGAGUUGUUUCUUACUUACUCACCUAUAACCCUCGUUGUUAGUUUUACGCAACUAGGAUUUACGGCUUAAUUAACCACACAAUCCAACAUGUUUUUUACAAAUUUAAAUUUAUUUAGAUGCUAUAAACAAAGUGGUUUUGAUGUAAUAGUAUAAAUUGAGGCGUUACUGUAUGUUACUUAUUAUUAUGUAUAAAUUAUUCUAUCAAAACUGUCAAUUGAUCACCUUUUUUAUAAUGAGUUUCGCCGACCAACACCUAUUAAGUGUUGUCGCCAUGCCAUGACCUCACUUUUUUCGUGGUGGUUCUCAUGCUUCUCUUUGGUGCCCACCGCUUUUAAUCUGGAGGAUGAAAUAGCUCGUUUUCAUCUUUUCAGCGCUCGUUAUUACUAACUCUUCAUCAAGAACAUACAAGUUCUGAUAUUUGAACACUAUAAUGAAUUAAUAAUAGUGUUUGAUUUGUAAUAACGUUGUAUUUGUAUGCUAUAAUAAAUUGAUAAUAGUGUAUCAUUGUAAAUGCAUAUAUCAAUGUUGGUGUUUGGUUUGUUAUUUAUUCCCCCACCCCAAAAAAAGCAAUUAAAGUUAAUUCCACAAAAUAUGUAUCAGAUAGCUAUACGUGGAAAUGAAAUAGUGUAAAUAAUACAUAUAAUAUUGAUUUACAAAUAGAAUUAAUUUGGUACCGACUACGUACCGAGUGCAUGCCCUAAAUAAGUCUAUAAAUAAAUAAAGGUUUCGUAA